GUGUUUCUCUAUUGUGGUGUGGUUCUAUUUUCUUGUUUUUAAUAGAAAAUAAUAUUUUUCGAUUUGAUCAUUAUAAAAAGUAAAUGAUAAUCUUUUUAAUAGCAUCAUAUCAUGCAUAAAAUACAGGAAUGUCAUUAGGUGUCCAAAAUGUAAAUAGUAAAUGCAACACUUUAAUAAUCUCUGAAUGGCAUGACAGCAUGAGCAAAGAGAUUUGACAGCAUCAGUCAUUCUUAAAAUCACGGUUCUCUGAGCGAAAGCUUUGAAAAUAUCAGUGAAAAAUAAAAACAGACAAAAAGUAACAUGGAAGUUGUGGCUUGUGUGCAUCUAGUGAUGGCAUGACAACGGUUUACUAUAAAUAAUAGUGACAAUGAUGUAAUAAAUGCUAAUACAAAGUGCUAGUGUUGUGCGCGUCGAGUGUGUAUUCAGUGCAAACGGACGCAGUUGUUGACGAUGGACGCAGUGUUAUGAUGUGAGUGAAGAUGUCGAAGGUGCUGUCGGCGCUGGGCGGCGCGCUGCCGGACGAGCGGCCUCUGCUGUCGCUGCAGAUCGUGGAGAGCGUUGCCAAGUGUCCGGCGGGGUACGUGCCCGUCAGCCGGACGUACGACGAGGACGCGGACGCGGGCCUCCUGCGCCAGGCCGGCCUGUUCGGGAAGAAGCCCAGCCACUACAUUUGCUUGUCUAAGUCUGAAGGAGUGCCCGGUUACGUGAUGGACGGCGUGGUGGUGCUCGGCGAGCGCGAGGCGACGCCGGCGGGGUACAGCGUGGCGGGGCGCGCGGGCAAGCGGCGGCUGUGCACGCGCGUGUCGCGGCGCGCGCCCGGCCCCGCGCCGCCCGCGCCGCUCGUCACCGACGUCAUCGUGUGCUCCAAGAUGAGGAGCGCGCCGCAGGGGUUCAUACUCGCCGGGGAGAUCAACGGCAAGGUGGUGUGCUACAAGGUGAGCGGCGGCAGCGCCGACACGUCGCCCACGCACGCGCCCAGCGACUACGAGAACGUCGUCUCCAACCUCACGCCUGAGGCUGCCAGGAGUUCGUUAUCGGUAAAAUUGUACAAACACCUGAAAUCGGGCUGGUCACACUGUGUUGGACUAAGGCCCGUACCAGACAGACCACCCAAGCUGUCUCCCCUUGUGGCUGAACUAAACAAUCUCAACCUAAAGUCGCCGUCCGCGUAUCCGAACAUAGAAGAGUUCACCACGGACCACGACUACGAGGCUCUGAGCCCCUCGUACAACCUGAAGCCGUCGCGCCCGGCGCCCCGGCCGCCGUCGACGAAGUCCCCGAUCCCGCACGGGAGCCCCGGGCCCACGUCUCCCGCGGCGGCGCCCUGCAAGAAGGGCCCCGCGCCGCUGCCCAAGGCGUGCAACUACCAGACCCUGGGGGGGUACAGCGGGCUGGAGGGGGUGCCGUUUGUACUCAGCCCCAAGUUGCGCGGAUUGCCCAAUGUUACUUUACUGCAGUUACCAGUGAUCAAGAAUCGCAGCCGCUUCGACCUCGACCGCGAGUACGCCUACAACUUCGCCCUCGAGCGCCAGACGUGAUCGCACCCGCUGCGUCGCGCCGACACAGACGACCCGACUACAGUUGGAUGUCAACUGCCAGUCCUGUUUGGUUAGGUGGUUGUAUGUUUGAGUGUAUAAAAUCUCUGGUUUAGUUAUUAAUUUGGCAAAUUAAGCAGGUAUAGCUCAAAUCCACAUGAAUUUUGAAUUUGCGUAGUUACAGUAUUAUCAUACCUACAUUUAUUGGUAUCAUCUCGCUAUAAUAAGGGAUAUUCAUGAUAUGACAAUUAUAAUGCCGAACCUAUUUUUUUUUAAAUCACGAAUUUUUAUCCAAUCAUUAAGUUAAAAUAUACUACAAUUAUCAUUUAAAAUAUAAUUGUUAUUGGUAAUAAAGGUCGGCGCCAACCGAGUUAGAAUGUCUAUAGGUGCUUAAAAGUCUUUAAACUGAAAUUAAAUUGCAUGAAUAUUUAAUAAAAUAACGUAAAAUAAAAUCUCACUUACACAUAAAAUAAUGUCACAAGCGAAAUUUACAGUUCUUAAAGUAAAUUAAACUAAAUUGUCAGGUCAAAAAACUAAAUUAUCAGACCUGUUAAUUUAAUAUCAAUAUAAGUAUAAUCAUUUAAUUAUGAAAUAUCCAUUUUUUCAUAUUGAAUAAUAUUUUAAGAUUUCGGAUAAUUGCUAACUAACUAUUGUGUAUUCGUCAAAAGAAUUUUAUUAAUGAAAUGAAGACUCUGAUCGAUUGUGCCAAUGUAUAAAAGUUACUGCUACAAAUAGGUUCCAUUUAGAUGUUAGUUCCAUGUGAUUUAAAAUAUUUAUUUGUUUACAAAUAUGUAUGUCGACCAUAAACACAUAGAGUAAAGCAUAGUACAUAUUAGGAUGGAAUAGACAAAGUAGAAAAUAGUUUCUAAAAACUCUACUUUGUCUAUUCUAUUCUAACGUUAUAGGCUCAUAAGUCCGACAUGUUAUUGCAUGUGGCCAUUAUAGUAAAGUAAAUGGUUGUAAUUUAUUCUCGAAUAAUAAUUCAUAGUCAUAUGUACAAAAAAUAAAUUGAAUUACAGUCGUUAAAUUAGUAAAGCACUAUACCUCACGCCGACGCUCGUGGCACGCGGGGACAUGAAUGCUAAAAGUUGCGUCUGAUGAUGAGCAUAAUAUAAUAUUAAUGAAUUGAGUAUAAGAAUGACAUUUAAAUGUUAUUGCAUGCGCCAGGAGCCUUAGGGCGAGGUAUGAAACUGUGCUUUAAAAUAAAUAAAUAAAACAUAGGGUUCUGUACCAUUUAAUCGAAUAUCCUCUUUAACUGACUCUGCAGUAUCAUUAUAAUAGUCUAGUUGCGAAUUUCUCUAUGGUUCUUAUUAGAAAAUUUAAAGACUGCCUACCUAUUGUCAUACUCAGUCAUACUUGAAAAAAAAACAAAAUAAUAGUGAUUAAAAGUCAGUAGAUUUAUUAUAUUAUAUUAAUAAAAGUAAAUAAAAUUAACAUUUUAUCAUGUAAAAUUACGGAACCCUUAAGUCGUCCUAUUGGCCGCUAUGGAUAACAAAUAGGGCUCGAGUGCCUUAAGUAGUGUGUUGGUGUAGGCGACCUUGACAGUGCUCAUUGGUAUGGUAUUAUACAGGGUGUCCCAUAACUAAUGGAUAAAUCGCAGAUAAAUGGCAGACACAUCACCUAGACUAAAACUAAUUUGAAUAGUUUUGGAAAAAUCCCUAUGGUGACCAAGUUAUAUUUAAAACUACAGCUUUGAAAGACAGAUUCAAGAUAUACCAUUUGCAUUUUAUCGAAUAAUUACGGAGCAACCUGUAUAAAUUAUGUGAAUAUACGGUUCAUGUGUCUAAGAAUGAUGUAACAGCGCCGCCUCGGUGUGCGAAGACUGACGUUUCUAUAUGGAAGGGAUCAAGAACGAGUAUAUCAAUGUAAUUAAACAAAAGAAUGCUGCUAAAUUAGUGUUAUUUAUAUUAAAAGACCUGGAUUGUGUGCGCAACAAGUAUUUCAGCAGGCUAUAGUUAGUAUGCUAGUGAAAGAAAUUAUGCUCAAAAGGGCUAGAACUCAGAGCCUCAAGCUCAAUCUCGAAUCUUUACUUACCAGAAAAUCUCGAUUGAACUGAACUUUCGAAAAUUUCUCCUAUUUUCAAAAUAAAUGACAGGUUGCAACCCGAGUUUAAUCAUGGCAAAAGAGAAAUUCGAAAGUUAUAUCUAGGGAAAGUACUUGUGUAUUUAAUAUUUUUACUUGAUAAAACUUAACCAGUUCGUAAGUACCUAGUGGGGCCCUAUAUUUUUAUUUGGAUCAGGACCCUUGGUUACCUAGCUUCGCCACUGCUGUCUCUUCCCAAAAGUAUUAUUGUGCUGUUACCAACUUUAAAAUGAAUUUAUUAUUUUUGAUCAUGAUUAGAUCAAAAAUAAUAAAGUCAUCAAAAUUAUGAAAACUCCUUUUAUAUUGAAAAUUAAACAUUUUUGGAAGUUUCUUAAUUAAAAUAAAAUCAGCCUAGCUUCUAUAUGAUCAUUUUACAUUUUCAUUUACAUAAAUUAAAUAAAUAAACUAUUGACGUUGCUGUACACAGUUUUACGAACUGCAAUUCAAUGUCGUCAUCAACCCAUAUUCGGCUCACUGCUGAGCUCGAGUCUCCUCUCAGAAUGAGAGAGGUUAGGCCAAUAGUCCACCACGCUGGCCCAAUGCGGAUUGGUAGACUUCACGCACGCAGAGAAUUAAGAUAAUUCUCUGGUAUGCAGGUUUUCUCACGAUGUUUUCCUUCACCGAUUGAGACACGUGAUAUUUAAUUUCUUAAAAUGCACACAACUGAAAAGUUGGAGGUGCAUGCCCCGGACCACCAGUAGAAUGCUACAUCAUCGGGGAGUGCUAUAGGCUAUAUUUUAUAUUGGUAUUAUAUAUAUUAGCCGAGUUAUCACAGUUUUUGUCAUACAGAUCAGACUGCAAAUCCUCUUAAACAGACUUAUUCGCAUGCGCUGCCUUAACUAUUGUGUAAAAUUUAAAUUAAUGUAUGGAAGCUUUAUGUAUCUUUAAAAGUUCUACAAAAAAGUCCGCGACACCAUAUAUCUAUCUUCUAUAUAUUAGCAGAUAUAGUACCUUUUGUGUUUUAAAAAUUAUUAAUUUUAUAUACUUAGGUUAACGUCAUUAUUUAUACAACUAAACUUUAAUCCUUAUUAAAAUAAAUUAUUUAAUAAUCACAAGGAUAUUAUGGAGAUAAGAUUUGCCCUUUACAGUAUGUUAAUUACUUAAAUAGUUUCGGAGAUAAUACAAAAUUUCUAAAAGACGCAGAAAUUCCGCUAUAUGACGCCCGGCGCUUUCAUUCACGUAGUUCCCGUUCCCGUGUGAAUAUGGGGAUCAAACAUAGCCUAUGACACUCGCAAAUAACGUAGCUUUCUAUUGGUAAAACAAUUUUCCAAAUCGGUCCAGUAGAUCCAGAGAUUACCUCCUACAACUUUACCUCUUUAUAUUAUUAGCAUAGAAGUCUCUAUUUCUCUUGGUCAUACCACCACUCUCGAAGGACUGGACCGAUUUUGCUAAGGGUAGGAGUAAGAUAGAGAAGUUACAGGGUAGGGUAGGGUACGGGUAGGGAAGCGUAUUGGUAUAGUACGCGCGUUAACAACUGAGUCUUAGGGCCAUAAAUCAUUUCUCUAUAUCUAUCUCGCUUGCACUUAUGGGUCUUAUGGAGCCGUCUAGUGAAGGGUGUAACAAUGAAAGACAUAUUAUCGAUAAGUAAAGUUUAUUAUCGUAUCUUGUUCACAAAAUUAAAAAAAUUAACAAUAUUUGAUUUAAUAUAAUAUAUAUUUCAUAUUAUAUAAUUAUUAACUAAAUAAAAUUAAUCUUCAUCUGAGUCUUCAUCAUCAGAAUCUUCGUCUUCUGCCAAAUUUAUUAUAAGCGGCGCGUGAUCUCUAAUUAGAGCUUUUUGUAAAUCUUUGUUUUGAAGUUCUUCGGCAUGCCUAACACAUUUGGCCCAGUCUUCUCGUGUGACAUUUUCUAUGGCUCGGUGGAGGUGAUUUUCGACAUCUGCUAUCUUGAAGGUAUUAUUAUUCUUCGCAACUUCUCCCUUUACUUGUGCCCAAAUUAAUUCUAUUGGGUUAUAUUGACAGUGAUAUGGAGGGAGCCUUAUUACUUCAUGACCUCGUUCAUUUGCCAGAUGGUCUAAAGCGUAGACCUUCUGCGGGUUACUGGCUUUUACUUUUCUUAUUAAUUCUUCAAUAAUUUCGUUGCUGGAAUAUGGAAUCUUUUUCUUUGUCAACCAUUCUUGAAUUUCAGCUUUCCUCGUGUUUCUUGUGGGUAUCUUUUCCAACUGUAUCGAAUGAUAGCUUGCGUUAUCGACAAUUAUAACUGAGGGCUCUUCAAGUAGAUUCAGGAAUUCGGAAAACCAUGCCAUAUAUGUUUCGCCAUCCAUUUCUGUGUGGUAAUCAGCAUCCUUUGAUUUCACCGCUUUAAAUAUUAGCUUCGCAUCUGGAACGAAGCCAGUCCUUGCAGAACCCGCAUGGCAAACUAUUAAUCUUUGGCCUUUUCCCACAGGCUGAUUCUUGAAACCUCCUUCAUCGUUGCUUCCAAGCCACAUCCUCUUUCUUGCAUGGUUUUGAUUAAUCCAUGUUUCGUCUAGAUAGAAACGUGGUCGCUGAUCGUUAGUUCUUCUAAGUAAAUCCAAUUUCCUUAAAAAGUCCAUUCUAGCACAAACAAUAUCAGUUCUUUCCAUUAAAUAUUUACGUCCUUCGCUAUUUUUCUUAUACUGGAACCCAACCUCCUUCAGUAGUAUUCUCAUUGAAGUGUUGCCGCAUUUAAAAUCGGGUAAUUGUUCACGGAAUUUUUCUAAAAUUUUCGCCACGGAUGGAUACUCUCCAUUCUCAUAAAAUGAAGCUACAGUUCGCUUCAACACACUUUUAUCAAAAUCGUCAAUAUUAGUGACGGUUUGUGGUUUCUUAAAAUUUGUUCUUGGUAUACAGGUACUGCCUGAUUGUGAUACUUCCGUCUUGAUUCGGUCCACUGUCGCUCUGCUCACACCACAAACAAAUGCGGCCAUUUCACGUGGUUUGUUGAAAUUUAGAGAAGCCACUUUAUUCGGAUCACUUUUCAAUUCAUUGAGAAACAGGAAUACGUUGUGAAUCAGUGUUCGAGCUUGAGGGCUAAUAUCGCCAUGUAAUUUCUUCAGAUCAACGUUAGAAAAUAAAGUAUCCAUAGUGCGCAACGAGUAACACAUGAAUGUAUUUAUUUAAUUGCAGUAAACACAUUUAUAGCAAAAAAAAUACGCAAUGCAAUUACAUUAGAAACCGACCAAUCAGAAUCGUCCAAAUCAUUAUUGACUCAUCAUUAGCACGUGCGCAGGUAGCCGUUUAUCGAUAAUUAGGGUGCGCAGGUAGGCGCGCUGCACAUUCCUAUCUUUU